GAGCCGCAUGGGGAACCGGAUCCUCGCGGCCGCCAUUUCGCUAUCGCCUGGGCCCCGCUUGGCACCGCCACCGCUGUCGUCGCGAUGCUGUCCAACGCGCAGCUCUUGGAUGAGCUGAUGGGGCGAGACAGAAACCUCGCCCCCAACGAGAAGCGCUGCGAUGUCCACUGGGACGACGAGAGGGUUUGCAAGCACUAUCUGGUUGAGUACUGUCCAGCAGAGCUCUUUGUGAACACUCGAGCUGAUUUAGGUCCAUGUGACAAAAUCCAUGAUGAGAAUCUAAAAAAAUUGUACGAGAAGAGCUCUCGCUUCAUGCGCAUGGGCUAUGAGCAGGACUUCCUGCGCUACCUGCAAAGCAUCAUGGCCGAUGUGGAGCGCCGCAUACGAAGGGGUCAUGCGCGGCUGGCACUUGCGCAGACCGGGGGGCCAAUGGUUAGCAAUCCCGGAGGAGCCUCCAUGACCAAGAAUGAUGAGAAGAUCAAAGUCCUGACGGAGCGCAUUGAGGAGCUGCUGGACGACAUAGAGCAGAUGGGCUGUGAGGGACGCGUGGAGGAGGCCCAGGGCAUGAUGAAACUUGUGGAGCAAAUCAAGGAUGAGCGUGACCAACUGCGCGCCACCGCCUCUACGAUCGAGACAUUUGCGGCACAGGAGAAGCAGAUGGAGGUGUGCGAGGUGUGCGGCGCAUUUCUCAUCGUGGGCGACCCACAGUCGCGUAUCGACGACCACCUCAUGGGCAAGCAGCACAUGGGCUAUGCCAAGAUCAAAAGCACUAUCGAGGAGAUGCGGGAGAAGCUCCGCAAGAAGUAUGAAGAACCAGAGAAGGAGCGCGAGGAGAAGCUGAAAAAGGAGCGUGAGGAGCGCGAGAAGGAGCGUGAGAAGGAACGCGAGAAGGAACGCGAGAAGGAGCGCGAGGAAAAGGAGAAGCGGGAGAAGGAACGCGAGGAGAGGGAGAAGCGGAGGCGCGAGGAGGAGGAGAAGAAGGAGAAGGAGCGUGAGAAGGAGCGCGAGAGGGACAAGGACCGGCGGCGGCGGAGUCGGUCGCGGGGCCGCCGCAGCCGCUCGCGUGACAAGCGAUCUGCACGCUCCGGGGAAAAUCGGCGUUCACGCAGCCGCGACCGCGACCGCCGGCGCAGCAGGAGCAAGGACCGGCGGAGCAGCCGCAAUGAUGACAAGAAGCGCUCGCGUAGCCGUGACCGCAAGCGGCGCUCGCGUAGUCGGGAGCGCUCGUCGCGCGACGUCGACUUGCGCAACAAGGACAAGGAUCACGAGCACAGCAGCAGGGACAAAGAUCACGAGCGCAGCAGGGACAAGGAGCGCAGCAGCAGGGACAAGGAGCGCAGCAGCAGGGACGAAGAGCGCAGCAGCAGGGACAAGGAGCGCAGCAGCAGGGACAAGGAUCGGGAGCGCAGCAGCAGGGAAGAAGAUCACGGUAGCAAGGACAAGGAUCGCAAUCGCAGCAGCAGGGAGGAGGAACACGAGCACAGUAGGGAGCGAGGCAGUGGCAGCGAGAGGGGCAAGGAUGGCAGCAGUAAGGAGCACGGUAGUAAGGAGGGCAGUGUCAAGGAGGAGAGUGCCAGCAUGAAGGAAGGCGGUUGUGGCAGCAGCGGCGGCAGCAGCAGCAGCAUCAAAGAGGAGAGCAAAGAGAGCGAUCCGGAGCAACCGAAGGGGAGUGAAAACCUGCUGACAGAAGAACCCACGGAGAAAGAAAAGGAGGAGAGCUCCAAGGAUAAAGAGGCGGAGAGCUCUGGGGGGGAGCUCAGGGACGCGGGCAAGAAGAGGCCCCACAGCGAGAGUGCCGGUGUGCCAAGCAACAGCGACGUUUCGUCCGACGCCAAGAGAGUGUGUGUUAACGGGAGUGAGGAGGAGACGGAGGCCGCCCCUGAAGGUGACACUCACCCCAAUUAGACAGUGGUCUGAGUAGCUCUCCCAGACCGCCGGCAGGCGCACGGAGUGGAAGACUCGCCCGACCACAGCUCGACGCUUAGAAGAUUGCCUCCUUCCCCCAUCAAGCCUCUGCCCGCCGGUUACGAGGUGACCACAGAUAGCCAACCAGUCGUCGUUGAGUGUAUUUGGCGGACGGUGCAUAUCGGGUCUGAUGCAUUAGACAUGCCCAGUAAUGCUCUAAAACCGGUAGCCACAACCUAUCACCAUAUAACGUCCAUUUCACCCCCACUUGCCUCGGUGCAUACGCUUGAAAUUUUGGGGCUAAACUGGGUUUGAGUUUAUAGGUGCAGCAGUGAAUUGUUAUGACCUUUGUUAAUUUUUAAAGCCUUCUUCAUUUCUCUUACCAAUAUUGCAAUUCACUGAUUGUAAUACAGAAGCUUGUAGACCUAUUCCUCCCACAAUUAGGGGCUUGCUGAACAGCGCUGCUGUUUACUAGCGUAGGCCUCUUUGUGCCGUCGUUCAAAGCCUCGCCAACCGAGGCUGUCGGAGGGCACCCUCGUGGAAUCUGGUGUUUGUCGUUUCACCAUAGAAUCUGGUGUUUGUUGAUUUGUUAUUUUUUGUUUUAACAUGUAUCAUCCACGAUGUGAAUAAAUACCGUUUGCAAAAAAUAUAACUUCUGUUCUACACAGAGGUGGUGUGUUUAUUGUGUAACCAGAUGCGAGCCUUUAGAGAUGGUUUGUCUUUUUGCAAGGUAUUCAACAAAAGAGCAUUGUUGAAGUGGCCUCAUGUUUAAACCGCUGAAUGGUGAUCAUCAAUUAAAAUCAAUUGUAACGUUAAUGAUAAAUGCAUAAAAGAAUGCGUGAGAACCGAUUACUUUAAACGAUCUGUAUUUUGUAUAAUUUUACAUGACCCCUGUGUGGCCACGAGGUGCUAUAAUGUACACACAAUGUUAAAUGACUGGAUUCUUGAUCUGAAUUGCAAACCCCAAAUCAUAACAAUUCAUUGAAUCGCGUGGCAGAGAAAUGCUACAGGCCUACACAAAACCGUGCCCAUCUGUUGGCAUUUCUGAGCCACUUCUGGAAAUUCCACGUAUCCAAUAUCGACACUGGCAAUCGAUGUUGGUGGCUUUACGAGUGCCUUUUUGAACAUGUAUUCCAGUAAUACCCAGAUGUAAGUUUGCCCCCCCCCCCUUUUACGCUGUUUCACAAAUGUCAUCACUUGAUUAAUACCACGACGCGAUUUGCGUCGCCUCGACCCAUGUCACUGACAUCGUCCUUUCUCGUAUCCAGCGCCUUCACCACCUACCCUGUACACAAACUACUUUGCAUCGUGUAUAAAUAAAUUUACUGUAUAUUA